AUGGGUUCCAACGAGAGACCUCUAGUCCUAAUAGGAUGCACACCAUAUUUCGGACAUAUGUCACCACUUCGUGCCAUCGCCACAGAUCUCGUCGAAAGAGGCUACGAAGUAACCUGGGUUAGCUCAAAUCACUACCAGGGUUUUGUUGAAGAGUCUGGAGCAACCUUUGUUCCUAUCUUAGGAUAUGGUGAUCUUUAUGAAGGAGAUCUCAAAACCAAAUUUGCGGCGAGAGAUCAGCUUCCUCCUGGGCCAGAGCAGUUGGCUUAUGAUCUUGAGCACGCUUUUGUCAAUUGUAUAUCCUCUCAAUACGAAGCACUUCAAAGAGCUAUGAAAAGCAUGACGGAGAAAUACCCUGGACGCCCGAUUGUUCAGGUUAAUGAGUCUGUGUUUAUGGGAGCACUCCCUAUCAUGCUUGGUGCGAAGGGGAUCAAGCCAGCAGGAACACUUGGUAUUGGUAUUAUUCCAAUCUGCUUGUCGAGCAUUGAUCUUCCUGCCUUUGGUCCUGGUCUCCCACCUGAUUCAUCGCCUGAAGGCCGAAUUCGCAACGCAGCAAUGGUCAAGUCAGUGUACGAGGGAUGGGCCGCUCCUGUACAAAAGAAAUUCGCGGGUGUGGUCGAAGAGACCGGCGCCGCAACCCCUACAAAGCACUUCUUCGAUUUGAUGUAUCUUGCACCUGACCGAUUCUUGCAAAUGUGCACACCUUCAGCGGAAUACCCACGAUCCGACGCGCCCGCAAGCAUCCAUUUUGCUGGAGGACUUCCCAAAGGCAAGCGAGCUGGCUUUACCGAGAAACCUAGCUGGUGGGACCAAAUUGUCAAUCCAGGAGGCAAAACAGUUGUGGCUGUCUCCCAAGGCUCAGUCGCUUUGAACUAUUCGGAUCUUACAAUUCCGGCUAUCGAAGCUUUCAAGGACCGCGAAGAUAUUAUUUUGGUGGUCGCUCUUGGAAAGAAGGGCGCAACUCUUGACGCGAGUAUUCCUGUUGGCAAGAAUACCUUUGUUUCGGAUUUCAUCCCAUUUGACGAGUUAUUGCCACUGUGUUCCGUUUUUAUUACCAAUGGAGGUUACGGAGGCUUUCAACAUGCUCUCUCCAACGGUACACCAGUUGUCGUCGCGGGUGCUACUGAAGAUAAGCCAGAAGUCGCGGCAAGAGCGGAAUGGGCUGGUGUCGGUAUCAACUUGAGAACAGGGACUGCAACUCCUGAAGCUAUUAGUACUGCUGUUGAUGAGAUCCUUAAGAAUCCAAAGUACAAAGAGCGAUCUAAGGAGCUGGAGGCUGAGAUGGCCACUUUCGAUCCUAUGGAAGCUGUUUCGAGAAACAUUGACGAGCUGGCGGCUGGGUUGAAGUGA